AUGGCGGAGUCAUCGGCCGGACUCCGGGGACCCCGGACUCCGGGGCAACCGGACUCCGGGGGCCAACCGGAAUCCGGGGGCCAACCGGAAUCCGGGGGCCAACCGGACUCCGGGGGCCAACCGGACUCCGGGGGCCAACCGGACUCCGGGGGCCAACCGGACUCCGGGGGCCAACCGGACUCCGGGGGCCAACCGGACUCCGGGGGCCAACCGGACUCCGGGGGCCAACCGGAAUCCGGGGGCCAACCGGACUCCGGGGGCCAACCGGAAUCCGGGGGCCAACCGGACUCCGGGGGCCAACCGGACUCCGGGGGCCAACCGGACUCCGGGGGCCAACCGGAAUCCGGGGGCCAACCGGAAUCCGGGGGCCAACCGGACUCCGGGGGCCAACCGGACUCCGGGGGCCAACCGGACUCCGGGGGCCAACCGGACUCCGGGGGCCAACCGGACUCCGGGGCCAACCGGACUCCGGGGGCCAACCGGACUCCGGGGGCCCCGGACCGGAACUCCGGGGGCCAACCGGACUCCGGGGGCCUCCGGGGGGCCAACCGGAAUCCGGGGGCCAACCGGAAUCCGGGGGCCAACCGGAAUCCGGGGGGGAAUCCGGGGGCCAACCGGACUCCGGGGGCCAACCGGACUCCGGGGGCCAACCGGACUCCGGGGGCCAACCGGACUCCGGGGGCCAACCGGAAUCCGGGGGCCAACCGGAAUCCGGGGGCCAACCGGAAUCCGGGGGCCAACCGGAAUCCGGGGGCCAACCGGACUCCGGGGGCCAACCAGACCCCGGGGGCCAACCAGACCCCGGGGGCCAACCGGAAUCCGGGGGCCAACCGGAAUCCGGGGGCCAACCGGUCUCCGGGGGCCAACCGGUCUCCGGGGGCCAAUCGCUCUCCGGGGGCCAACCGGAAUCCGGGGGCCAACCGGAAUCCGGGGGCCAACUGGAAUCCGGGGGCCAACCAGAAUCCGGGGGCCAACCGGACUCUGGGGGCCAACCAGAAUCCGGUGGCCAACCGGAAUCCGGGGGCCAACCGGACUCCAGUGGCCAACCGGGCGUCCGGCCCUUCAGAUGUGGGGUCUGUGUCCUGGUCGGAGGACAGCUCGUCUUUGUCCAACGAUACAAUCGUCCCGGUAGAGGACAGCUCGUCUGGGUCUAACGAUUCACUGGUCUCGGUAGAGGACAGCUCGUCUGGGUUUAACGAUACACUGGUCUCGGUAGAGGACAGCUCGUCUGUACCCGACGAUACACUCGUCCUGGUGGAGGACAGCUCGUCUGUACCCGACGAUACACUGGUCCUGGUGGAGGACAGCUCGUCUGUACCCGACGAUUCACUCGUCCUGGUGGAGGACAGCUCGUCUGUACCCGACGAUACACUCGUCCUGGUAGAGGACAGCUCGUCUGUACCCGACGAUACACUCGUCCUGGUAGAGGACAGCUCGUCUGUACCCGACGAUACACUCGUCCUGGUAGAGGACAGCUCGUCUGUACCCGACGAUACACUCGUCCUGGUAGAGGACAGCUCGUCUGGACCCGACGAUUCACUCGUCCUCGUGGAGGACAGCUCGUCUGGGGCCAACGAUACACUGGUCCUGGUAGAGGACAGCUCGUCUGGGGCCAACGAUACACUGGUCCCGGUAGAGGACAGCUCGUCUGGGUCCAACGAUACACUCGUCCCGGUAGAGGACAGCUCGUCUGUACCCGACGACACACUCGUCCUGGUGGAGGACAGCUCGUCUGGGUCCAACGAUACACUCGUCCCGGUAGAGGACAGCUCGUCUGGGCCCAACGAUACACUCGUCCCGGUAGAGGACAGCUCGUCUGGGGCCAACGAUACACUGGUCCCGGUAGAGGACAGCUCGUCUGGGCCCAACGAUACACUCGUCCCGGUAGAGGACAGCUCGUCUGUACCCGACGACACACUCGUCCUGGUGGAGGACAGCUCGUCUGGGUCCAACGAUACACUCGUCCCGGUAGAGGACAGCUCGUCUGGGCCCAACGAUACAAUCGUCCCCGUAGAGGACAGCUCGUCUGGGCUCGACGAUACCCUCAUCAGGGCGGAGGACACCUCACGAUAG